AUGACGGUUGCCACAGAAAAACCUGAAAGCCAAACGAAAAUUCGUGAAAUAUUACAAAAAUAUAGCUCAGUGUUCGCUGAUGGAAUCGGUAAAGUCCAUGGAAUCAAAGGAAAUCUACAUCUAAUUGAUGAUGCGAAAGCAAUUUUCUGUAAGGCACGACCAGUUCCAUAUGAUUUGAAACCAAAAAUUGAACGAGAACUAGGAAAUCUAGAAAAUAUUGGAAUUCUAGAAAAAGUGGACACCAGCAAUUGGGCAACACCAAUUGUACAAGUUCCCAAGAAAAAUGGAAAAGUUAGGAUCUGUGGAGACUUCAAGGUCACACUCAACGCUCAGCUAAACGUAGACCUAUAUCCCUUACCGAAAAUAGAGGAUAUAUUUGCGUCCUUGUCCAAUGGAGAACAUUUCUCUAAAAUUGAUUUGAGACAAGCAUAUCUACACAUGGAAAUGGAAGAAAAAUCCAAAACGUACCUGACGAAAAAUACCCGCAAAGGAUUGUAUCGAUAUAACAGACUGUUGUAUGGGGUAGCAUCGGCACCAUCAAUUUGGCAAAGAACUAUGGACCAGAUUCUACAAGGAUUACCAGGUGUUCACUGCAUAUUAGAUGACAUGAUAGUCACUGGCAAAACCGAUGAGGAACAUUUAAGAAAUUUGGAUAGUGUUCUUCAACGCCUCCAGAAAUUUGGAUUAAGGGCUUACCUUGAAAAAUGUUACUUUUUCAAAGACAGUGUCCAAUAUUGUGGACAUGAAGUCACAAAAGAUUGA